CGCACCGGCCUUUCGACGGUCCGGAGUUCACUGCUGUCGGUGGUGGGCGCCGGAAGCAUCCGUGUCGUGCACCAACCAUACAGGCGUACUGUAAUAUAAUAUAAGGACGUCAGCGCGUUUUGGGCUCCGUUUUAUACAAUAGCUUCUGGCCAAGAGAAAAGGCCCGCCAAGAUGAAGGGACGGGCAGCCCUGCUGCUGGUCCUCCUGGCGCUGGUGGCUGUGCCCCCGUCGUCCGCGACAACGGCGUCGACACCUGGGCCACCGACGAGACGCGCGUCCACCGCAUCGCCAACCAAGAAAAUAAUCAUAAGCACCAGCACCGAGCCCGUCUACUCGACCAAGGCUCUCACCGGCAGCACCGACUCCGAGAUCGCCAAGAUUCUCAGCGUUGAUCCCAAGGAGGUUCUCGUCGAGAACAAACGCUCCGAGGCCGAGGAUGACAACACCGAGCAGCAGAUGCAGGAGGAGAUGGCCAAGGUGAUAAAGGCUCAGGCGAAGAAGGGUACGAAGCCGGUGCCGAUCCGUCUGCCCCUGGGGAAGUCGAGCGCCACAGCCGCGAGCCACGGGGCGCCUGACAGCCAAGCGAUGAAGGCCCUGCUGGAGGCCGAGGGUAUUCCGUACAACAACGACGAGAUAGACGGCGAGGACGAGGACGACGACGAGGACGAAUACGAUGACGACGACGAGGACGAGGACGACGACGAGGAUGACGACGGUGGCAUCGCCGACGACGAGGAGGAAGUCAUGUCCGGCUGCCCGGACUACUGUCGUUGCGACGAGGAGUUUGCCGCCCCCACGAGCGCCAGGUGCACGAAGCUGCAGGAUGACCAGGACUUUAGCUCGGGCAUCAUCCACCUGAAGAUCGAGAGCGCGGGCGACAUUCGUCUGGGGCCCCUUGCUCUGCGCAAGUUGGGACUGAAGCAGCUCAAGUCGAUCAGUAUCGUUGACACGAGGAUCCUCGAGCUCGACCGGACGGCGUUUGACGGUCUGCGUGAACUCGACGUUGUCAAUCUCACCCACAACGGGCUCACUUACGUCCACCCGGACACCUUCCAGAACAACUCGAAACUCACCCAGCUGACUAUCGCCGACAACCCGCUCAAGGUCAUGUCCAGCAGGAGAAGCAGCAACGAUUACCUCUUGAAUGCCCCGAGCGUCACCGACUUGGACUUUUCGAGCAACCACGUGAAUCGCCUGCCAAGGCGCGCUUUCGCUAAAAUGCCGAACCUUGCCUACAUCAGUCUGAGAAACAAUAAUCUGAACAACAUCGAAAGGGAUCUGUUUGGGCCCCUGGACUCGCUCGUCGAGUUGGACCUGUCCCACAACAACCUGGCCGAUUUGCCUACCGACGUGUUCAAGGGCAAGAACCUGCAGAUCCUCAAGAUUUCUGGCAACAGCCUGACUUCCCUCAGCGUCAUCAGAUCGUCGAAACUCGUGACGUUGGACGUCUCGAUGAACCGGCUGAAGGUGAUCACCAAGGACGACCUCAACGGCGUGCCCUACCUCGAGCAGCUCUUCCUGAGCGCCAACAACCUGAGGAAGAUCCACCCGCACGCCUUCUCGCACCUCGACCAGCUCAUUCACCUCGACUUGAGCGACAACAGCCUCGUCAACCUGAGCGACCACCACUUCCGAGCCAACUCGCGGCUCCAAGUCCUCAUGCUCAGCAAUAACGCUGACUUGGAAACCCUACCAGUCUUCCGCACCAAUGCCCAAGAGUUUGAGAGAUUCAGCAUCUACCGAUUCGAGUGCGAGAACUGCGGCCUGACCUUCAUCGAGUCAGGCACCUUCGACGCGAUGCCAGCGAUGACCCGGCUAAACCUCGGCCACAACAACCUCACGGAACUGCCGAGGGAUCUGUUGCGGCCACUGUCAGCCCUUCGCGAACUCGACCUGUCGAGGAAUCGGCUGGAAGAGCUGGACGUCGACGCGUUCAAGGGCGCCAACUCCCUCGCCGAGCUCAGCCUCGGCAUGAACUCGUUCGUCUCCGGACUGAAGCUCGCGACUUUCCUCAAGACGCCCAACCUCCUCAGGCUGGACCUCAGCUCGUGCGGCAUGCAGCGCGUCUGGAACGACGUCAAGGCCUCGCCGGAACCCCGCUCGGAGCUCAAGCUGGAGGACCUAAGAUUCCUCUCGCUGAACAAGAACAACUUGCGCCGCGUGACCCUCGGGGAGAUAAGCGCCAUGCCCAACCUGUCGGGGCUGGACUUGUUUGGCAAUCCCCUGCAAUGCGACGAGGAGCUCAGCCAGGUCAUGCAGAGGCUGAACGAGAGCAACGUCACGCCCAUAGAGGCGGCCCGCGCCAUGGGCAGCAUGAAGCACGACUUUGACUACGACGGGUACAGCGGGGCCCGGCGCUCCGAGCCCGUGCAGCAAUGGUCCGACCUUGCCAACUGCGACGCGUGGAUCGGCGGCCCACCGCCCAGGCCCGUGCCGAGAAAGUCGCCGAAACCAACCCAGGCGUCCGGCAUCGACGCCGGGGAGUCCAUCUUCGACGAGCCCGGCCCCUUCAUCAAGUUUGAUCUCACCGACGACGCCGACAACAAGUUGGACUUUGGCCCGAUGAGCAAGGGUAGCCACAACAGCAAACACAGCGACGACAAGAUCGAGUUCGCGUGGAACUCCGAGGACCAGGAGUACGAGGAGCUAGCGGGUGCGGCGGGCGUGCGUUACCGGGAGUGGUACACCGACGCCCUGUGGCCGGCGGUGACCGUCAUCCUGAUAACCCUGGCGGUGCUGCUCCUGGCCGCCCAUCUGGCCGUUUGUCUGGCUAAGCGUCGCGGCAGUGGUCCAGUCAUCCGUACCCCGAUGAUCCUCAGACCGAACCUCGUCGUCGACAGCAAGAACUGCGGCCUCGUCUACAAGCCCCUGCAGGAGGAGAUCGCCACCCCGCACAUGCCCAAACGGGGCAGCUUCUACUCGAGCAGCACCUUCCACUACGACAAGAUCGUGCCCGAGAGCGUCUAAUUCAAAGAAAAAACUAAUCAUUUUCUUUUUUUUUUUUCUCCCCCUUCCCAUUACGUAUACAUUAUAAUAUGCCCACUGCUAUCGUCUAUGCGGUGUGGUGUGAGAUCAUAAUAUUGGGUGACGAACAAAUUAUGUUUUUUUUUUUUUUUUUUUU